UUUUGUCAAUUAGGUAAGAAGAUGGAUGACUAUGUUCGCGUUUACUACAAAUCAACAGGGAAGCUAGCUAUAAUGCAAUUGAUGACUCCGGAAGGUGGUAUGAACCCAGAGUUCUCAAAGACCAAGUUUGUAACGGAUGAUGAUCUCAACAAGAGUUUGGAGUACUAUUGUGAGCGCAUGUUCGAGGAGAACGAAGACGAAAUAACUGAUCUGUACAAGAACAGACCGGAGGACGACGUGAUGCCUGAUGCUGAGAAAGCGAUCUGUUUCAACCAUACUAAUUACUGCGAGCAGUGGAUGUUGCCCAACGAGGAGGACACCACGUGGACCGACGAGAUGGAACAGGAAUAUAUCAAGAUUCAUGGUCCUGAUCCGUAUGGGUUCGGUGGUUUGGGAGGUAUGGGUGCUCCGCCCAGUUUCGGAGCUGACGAUAUAGAAGAGGAAGACCUAGAUGCUGAAGAACCAGAAGCCAAGGAUGAGCUGUAGAGCAAGACAGUGUGUGUGAGUGAACUAAUGUGACGUGUAUUGCUUGUGAUUGUUUAUAAGGAGCUGCUUUGAGAGCAGAGUGAGUUUACAUUAUAUUUGAAAUAGAUUGUUGGAACGUUGAAAUAAGGUAUAGUUUUGCGUAUACGUAUGAUAAUGGUAAGAGGAUGAUUGUUGAAGAUUUAAAAUGUUACUUACAGAAGUGGUGUAGAGGUAGUUUUUAAAAUUAUCUCUUUAUAUGAAAAUGCCACCAACUAACAUGGUACUGGCGGUAUUGUGUAUUUAUAAACAUGCCAUAAAAUAAUAAAGUAGGAGAGAAAAAUACAAUUCAUAUAAAACAGACAUUGCUGGAUUCGGUGCCAGUUCUUCUUAGUCCAAUCUAAUUGUAAAUUCACGAAUCGAUU